UGCCGGUCGGACGACGCAACCCGCCGGUCCCGCGAGUGCCGCGAGUUGCCGACGUUUCGAAAUUGUGAGUUUUGUCAAAAAAUGUGAGGAGAUGAACGCGUCGUGGGUGAACGGGAGCGCCAACGAGACGGCGGCGUCGGCCGAGGACGACGUCUAUGUGGACAACGUCGUGCUGGCCACCGUGUUGUUGCUGUUCUCGGCGGCGACCGUGCUGGGCAACGGGCUGGUGAUCGCGGCCGUGGUGCGCGAACGCUACCUCCACACGGCCACCAACUUCUUCAUCCUCUCGCUCGCCGUCGCCGACUGCCUCGUCGGACUCGUCGUCAUGCCCUUCAGCGCGCUCUACGAGGUUCUGGAGAAGCAGUGGGUGUUCGGCCUGAACUGGUGCGACGCGUGGCGCUCGCUGGACGUGCUGUUCAGCACGGCGUCGAUCCUGAACCUGUGCGUGGUGUCGCUGGACCGGUACUGGGCCAUCACGGACCCGCUCACCUACCCCAACCGCAUGUCCAACAAGCGCGCCGUGCUUCUGAUCGCUACUGUGUGGCUCUGCUCGAGCCUCAUCUCGUUUCCCGCCAUCGUGUGGUGGCGCCUCGAUCGCCAGGGCCGGCCCGUGCCCGACCUCAAGUGUCCCUUCACGGACAACCUGGGUUACCUCCUCUUCUCUUCCACCAUCAGCUUCUACCUGCCGCUCUUCGUCAUGGUCUUCACCUACUGCCGCAUCUACCGCGCAGCCGCCGUCCAGACCAGGAGCCUCAAGCUCGGAUCCAAGCAGGUGAUGAUGGGGUCAAGCGAGCUGGAGCUGACCCUGCGGAUCCACCGCGGCGGGGGGCACGGGGGCAGCGGGUCGUCGCAGGAGGGGGGCGUGGCCGGCGGCGAGAGUAGCUGCAGUCGCGUGGCCUCGAAGAACGUGCGCAACUUCUCGUUCAGCCGGCGGCUGGCCAAGUUCGCCAAGGAGAAGAAGGCGGCCAAGACGCUGGGCAUCGUGAUGGGCGUGUUCAUCGUGUGUUGGCUGCCCUUCUUUGUGGUCAACCUGCUUAGCGGCAUGUGCCACGGCUGCAUCGAGCACGAGGAGAUCGUCAGCGCCAUCGUCACCUGGCUCGGCUGGAUCAACUCCUCCAUGAACCCGGUCAUCUACGCUUGCUGGAGCAGGGACUUCCGCAGGGCGUUCGCUCGGAUUUUGUGCGUGUGCUGUCCGCGUCGGGUGCGGCGCCGCUACCAGGCCACCCUUCGGCCCAGGGCCAGCCAGCGAUUCUCAUCGGGCCGUUUCUACUCGUCGUGCGCACUCCACCACGCGUCCAACUGCCAGAAGACCUACAUCUGAGAACAAAUUCUACUGAAAACUUGUUAGUCCUAAUUGUGUCGUCGUCGAAUCAGUCAAUGUUUGAAAUAAAUGUGUUUGCGAUUAGGGAAGAAAUAAUGCGAUGCGAAAAUCAAAAUUGACAUAAAAGGUCCCGACGAGAGCAAAAAGUGCUAAAGUGGAUUAAAAAUCGUUUUCAUUAUUAAAAAAAAAACUAUUGUGGAUUUCCCGGAUCAAAAGUAAAAGUCCCAAUUUUUAUGCAUAUCUUUUAAUUUUCAGUGAAUAAAUAUUUAUUUUCUGGCACUGUUAAAAUUGCAAGAUACUAUGUGAAUAAAAAAACUUGUUAUUCUGUCUUUUUUAUCAACCAAAGCAGCAAUAACAUUUAUUAAUCAUGAAACAUUUUGAUAAAGACAGAAUAAUUACAAAUUCCAAGCAAAAUCAAAUGUCUAGAAAGGAGGAAACUUUUGUGAUUUUUUUGUAUCCUACUCAGACUGUCGGGGUAAAACCGGCACUUCCUCGCGCGACCACUGAUGGUGCUUGCUGCACCAUUCGUGGCCGCAGCUGAGAGACAGACAGGGCAUCAGGUGACAGAGCAGCAACAUUGAUAGAUGAGUCUUUUAUGUGAAGCCAAGUGGCACAGUUGCGUUUUGUAAUAUGUGCAAAGAAUAAGGCCAAAUAAUUACAUCAAACCUUUGAAAGUAAGUAAAAAUUGUGUCUAUUAAUUCUAUUACCCCAAACAAAAUAAUUAUGAAUUAAAUAAUUAAUCUUAGCAUCCGGGACAGAUUUAUUUCCCGACAAGACCAAACUUUUGUGGUCUUUUGAUUAAGGACUUCUUAUUGACAUAGUCAAAUCAAGUCCUUACAACAAUAUAAACAGAUUUCUCGAUUUUUGGAAAUUUUAAUCACCAUUGUUGUAAGGACUUGAUUUGACUAUGUCAAUAAGGAGUCCUUAAAAAAGAUGGUCAUAGUUUGACUGUGAUAAUCAGAAUCGUUUUUAAUCCAUUGUUGCACUGGCAAUUUUCUUAGGUGCACCUCGACUAAAAUGGAGAAUCUGUUGGCGAAUCAAAGAAAUUUGUGUAUUUUUCGUAAAGAAGCGCUCACCUCAAACAAUAUCUAAUAUUUAACUGUCUAAUGACUGUUUUAAAAGAGAGAUUAAUAAAAUACUAUGUCUAUGGAUCCUGACAAUCAAGGGUUUUCACUUGAAACAACAAAAUGGAAAUUUGAUUAACUUAUGUUUUUAUUAUUUGUA